UUCCAGGUUACAGGGAUGAAAAAGUGUUUUUGCACGAAGCAUAGUUGUUGGAUUAAUGACACCAAACUUUAUAAAAACAAUAAGUACAUAACUCCUGAAAACUACAAAUUGUUUAAUUGUUCCAAUAUGUAUAAAGUAAUAAAUGAUAUUAACGAAGAAUUAAAAAGCGAGAUGCAGGCUUACAUCUUUCAACCUGUGAUAUUUAACACAAUCAAUAACAAUAUGGAAUUGAUUCUUUCGUAUGGUCUCUGGUUUAAAGACAACCGUUUUGUUGAGACAAAAUAUAAAGGAACCUACAUAUCUCACGAACUAAGCAUGUUCAUGACUAAGAUAGUGUUUGUAAACGGGACGUGUAUGAUCAUGUUAUUUCCUGCUGUGCAGGAAGAUAUAAUAGCUGAUAAGUAUACAAUUGGUGAAGACAUUUCUGGAUUGGUCGAAAGAUUGACAACUGAAGAAGGAGUCCAUACGUUUUGUAACAUGCUAACUAACUCAGAACUAAAAGAAAUGUUGCCGGAACAAUAUACGAUAUAUCCCGAUGUCUUCGAAUUGGAGUACGAAUUGCCGAUCGAUCAGUUGUUCGAAAUGUUGGACAUCAAACAUGUAUUGAGCCCCGAGAAUGCCAGACUGUUUGGUUUUACUGAAGAAAAUCUGCAUCUCGGCGGUGCAUAUCAUCGUGCAUAUAUCAAGUUCACAUUAAAGAACGCUACUGCUAAUGCAAAUAAUGUAUUCUUUACCAAAUCCAGAGGGUCUCUUACAUCACUUCAGGAACCUAGCAAUUGCACUCACAAUCAGUGCAAAAAAUCAUUUGUCUGGUUGCUAUAUAGCAACAUUAAAAGAAGUAUCUUUUUACUGGCGUUGUCAAUAAAAAUUGUUAGGUGACGUCUUCUUCAGUUUCUGUUUGAAAUAUUGUGAAAACAAAGUAGUACAGCGAAACUUAUUAAUAAUCUUGUAAAGUAUUUUUAAUAGUUUGUAAGUGUCAAUGCGUCAUAAUAUAAAAAUUAUAAAUAAUAAUUGUAAAAGCAAAAUUUUGUAGGAACAUUACGUGUUAAAAAUAUUUGAAAUUAGUAUAAA